GUGGGCGGGCCAGCCCGGGGCGUUUCCUUCUGCGUCUGCGGCCCAGUGAGCGCUGAGUAACUCCUAUGGCGGCUUCUGCGGCUGAGGAGAAGGCGGCGACCCCGAGCGACCUCUCCCCGAAAGAGGAAGGGGAACUAGAGGACGGAGAAAUCAGCGACGACGACAAUAACGAUGCACCCCCUGAGCCCAGCGGCAGAGACCGGAGUGGCGGCCGGGGCCCUUACGCCCGACGCAGGCCGCCUCCCGACCUGCGGAACAGCCUCCCGUCCUCCUCUCGCCGCUUCCCUCACUUGCGCCACCAGCCUCCCCCGGAACUCGGACACGUCCACGGGCACGGCGGAGGCGGCGGGUACCGGCUGAAGGAGCCUUUCCGUCCCCAGCCGCCUCCUUCCUCGUCGUGCUCGCGGCUGCCGCCCGGCCCUCACCCCGACGCCGGCCCGCGGCUCUCGUUCUGGGAACGCAGCCACAACGCGCUGGACCGGUUUCGUUUUCGAGGCAGGGCCUACCGGGGCGGAGGCCGCUGGGGAAGGAGCCGAGGUGGCAAUUCCCCUGGAAGGCCCUCGGGAGGAGGAGGAGGAGGUGGUGGAUACAUCGGCAGCCAAGGCUGGAGGGAGCCUUCGCCUCGGAAAUCCAAAACAUUUGGAAAGUCCCCAUCUCGCAAGCAGAACUAUUCUUCUAAAAAUGAUAACUCAGUGGAAGAGAGUUUUGAGGAUCUUUUGUUGAAAUACAAACAGAUUCAACUAGAACUUGAGUGUAUUAAUAAAGAUGAGAAACUGGCUCUAAAUAAUAAAGAAGACAGUGCCCAACAGAGCAACAGUGAAGUAUCCAGUCCACAGGACCAAAUAACAAUUGAAAAUGUCAGUAUUACAAAAGAUGCUGUAAAUGAAGUGUCUCCUGAGGAGAACAAAGUAUUAACUUUUCAGGCAUUUGAACUGAAACCUCUUAGGCAAAAACUGCCCACGCUAGCUGAGAGGAGCAAGUUGAAAAAAGCAAAAGAUGGAAUAAAAGAAUAUUCACAGAAAAGUGACCAGGAUAUCAAUGAAGAUGAAAAAGAACAAAAGCUUGACACUUCUGAUGCUGCAGUAGAGAAGAAACUCUUGGAUGAGGAACAAGAAGUAUCGGAGUUACAGCUAAGACUACUGGCUCUUCAGUCUGCUAGUAAAAAGUGGCAGCAGAAAGAGCAGCAAGUAAUGAAAGAAAGCAAAGAAAAACUAACAAAAGCAAAAACGGUACAGCAAAGAGGCAAAAUCAGUACAAAAUCUCAUUCUGCCAAAAAGCCAAGUACUGCAGCUAAGCAGGCUCUAAGAAAACAGCAGACAAAGGUAUGGAAAAAAUUACAGCAGCAAAAGGAACAAGAAAGACGUCAGAAGGAGGAAGAACAAUGGAAACAGGAUGAAGAGGAGGAAAGAAGAAAAAGAGAAGAGGAAAUUAGAAAAAUUCGUGAUCUUUCAAAUCAAGAAGAACAGUAUAAUAGGUUCAUGAAGCUGGUUGGUGGAAAGAUGAGGUCAAGAAGCAAGUCUUCAGAUAAAGAUUUGAGAAGGUCCCUAGAUAAGCAAUCAACUGAGAGUGCAGGAGGAAUUUAUCAGUAUGAUAAUUAUGAUGAAGUUGCUAUGGACACAGAAAGUGAAACCAACUCACCUGCAUCUUCUCCAGUACAGCCUCCUUAUUUUGAAUGUCCUGCUGGAUAUUUUCCUUCUGCUAUUCAACAAAUCUCACUGACCCUUACACCACAGAUUUCAACUCUACCACCAAUUAGCCAAUUGUACAUGGAGGGUAUUUCAACUGUCUCUCUGGAACUGCCACCACCUCUUCCUCCUCUUCCACCUGAAGAACCUGAACAACCCCCAAAACCUCCAUUUGCAGAUGAGGAGGAGGAAGAAGAAAUGUUACUACGGGAAGAGCUACUUAAAUCUUUAGCUAACAAACGAGCUUUCAAACCAGAGGACAACUCAAAUAAUAACAGUCCGCCUUCUCCACCUUUUCCCAAUAAUUCUUAUUCUGUGCCAAGAAGCAAUCUUUCAGCAGUCAGUAUUAAUACUGUGUGUCAACCUCGUAUAAAGAACACAAAAAUUAUUAGAGUACCAAGGCCCCCCCGAACAGUCAUUGCGCUUCCAAAGCACAAGUCAGUUGUUGUUACAUUGAAUGAUUCAGAUGACAGUGAAUCAGAUGCAGAACAACCUAACUCUACUAGUAAUGAAUUUGGAGGUCUAGAAUCUAUGAUCAAAGAAGCUAGAAGAACUGUGGAGGCAUCAAAACCCAAAGCACCUUUAAAGUCAGAAAAAGAAAAUAAUCCUGUGAGAACUCCUGAGGCUUUACCAGAAGAAAAAAAAAUAGAAUAUAGACUUCUAAAAGAAGAGAUUGCUAGUCGGGAGAAGCAACGCUUGAUAAUAGCUGAACCUUUGAAGACAAGUUCAUCUCCUGUAAACUCUGAUGUUGAAAUUGAUGGAGUUGGUAGGAUAGCCAUGGUAACAAAGCAAGUUACAGAUGCAGAGGCAAAACUCAAAAAGCACAAACUUCUCUUGAUGAAGGAUGAGUCUGUGUUGAAACAUCUUCUGCAGCAAGAGGCAAAGAAGAAAGAAUCUGUUCGUCUUGCUGAAAGCAAAAUUGCUAAGCUUAAUGAGCAGCUACAGGCAACAGAAAAAAUAUUAAAUGCUAAUAAGAUAUUUUUAAAAAAACUUCAGGAACAAAUUCACAGAGUACAGCAACGAGUAACAGUUAAGAAAGCAUUGGCAUUAAAAUAUGGAGAAGAACUUGCUCGAGCCAAAGCCCUGGCUAGCAAAGAAAUUGGAAAACGAAAACUUGAACACAGCCAUUUUGGACCAAACAAAACAUUGAAACUCGAGAAAUCACCUUCAUCAAGUCCAAAGAAGCAUUCUGCAGAGUUGAUUGCACAGGAGAAAAAAAGGCUGCAACAGUUGCAACAUGAGUAUGCCUUGAAAAUCCAGCAACUGAAAGAGGCCCAUGCAUACCAGAGUAAGGAUCGGCUAACUAUUGUCCCUUCUGUAGAAGAAGAAUCUGAAUUUGCACUACCUCAGCCUUCCCUUCAUGAUCUUACACAAGACAAAUUGAGUUUGGAUAUUGAAGAGAAUUGUUUUGAUGAUGAAAUUUCAUCCAAUUGUAGUAGAGAACGAAGAAGGUCUUUCAGAGAAUCAAAUUCUUUUACUAAACCUAAUUUUAAACAUGUGGACACUCCCAAGCAAGAAGCUGCAAACAAACUUUCUAAAAAGACAUUAGAACAACCAGAGCUUUUUUUGGGGCUGAAUAUUGAUGAACUAAAAAAUCUUUAUGUGAAAGCUGAUGGUUUGAAAGAAGUCUUGGAAAAAAAUGCACCAUUCAUUAUUUCUAUUGAAGAAAAUCCUUGUGGUCAAGAAAUAACAGUGGAUAUAGACCAAUUCACAGCUUCAAAUAAACAAACAGAAGGAAAGCCAUACCCAUUUGGACCAUAUCAUAGUCCUCUUCUUGUUUUUAAAUCUUACAGGUUUAGUCCUUAUUUUAGAACAAAAGAAAAACUUUACCUCAGCUCAGUAUCCUACAGCAAUAAGAUUGAACCCAAACAGUGUUUUUGCCGUUUUGAUUUAACAGGCACAUGCAAUGACGACGAGUGCCAAUGGCAACACAUGAAAGACUGCACUCUUAGCAGGAGACAGCUAUUUGAGGAUAUUAUUUCAUACAAUUUAGGUUUGAUAGGCUGUUCAGAUAAAAGUACUGAUGAGGAGAUAAGUACGGCAACAGAAAAAUACAUAGAAAAGCUGUUUGGGGUAAAUAAGGAUCGCAUGGCAAUGGAUCAGAUUGCUGUUCUUCUAGUUAGCAAUAUCAAUGAAAGCAAGGGCCAUACCCCUCCAUUUACAACUUGGAAAGAAGAAAGGAAAUGGAGGGUAAAGUACUUGAAAAAAACACCAGACAGUGAUAGUAGCAAUGAAGAGGAACUAUCUUCUGGCCCCAUUAAAUAUGCUCCUCCAGUAGAAAACAAAAUAAGUGUUCCUGCUCUGGAUGCUGUUGUGACUCCAGAUGAUGUGAGGUAUUUUACCAACGAGACUGAUGACAUUUCAAACUUGGAAGCAAGUGUACUUGAGAAUCCUUCUAAUGUUCAGCUUUGGAUCAAACUUGCUUAUAAGUACCUGAAUCAAAAUGAAGGAUCAUCUGCUGAAUGCUUGGAUUCAGCUUUAAAUGUUUUGGCCCGAGCACUAGAAAAUAACAAAGACAAUUCUGAAAUCUGGUGUCAUUAUCUCAAGCUGUUUUCAAAAAGAGGGCUUAAGGAAGAAGUGCAGGAAAUGUGUGAGACAGCAGUGGAAUAUGCUCCUACUUAUAAAAUUUGGUGGACAUUUCUAAGUCUUGAAAACUCAUAUGAUGGAAAGGAUUAUGUAUGUGGAAGAAUGCUACAAUUCCUGAUGAAAGCUGCAAAGAAUGAGGAGAAUGUGAAUAUUUCGUCCUUUCACUUGCUGGAGAUGUUACUGUAUAGAGUUCACUUAAGUCUCUUUACUGGAAAGUAUCAAAACGCCAUUGCAUUAUUUCAGAAUGCUCUGAAGUCAGCAAGUGAUAAGAUCAUAGUGCAACAUCUGACUGUAAGUGACCGUUGCUUAGCUUGGCUAUCCUACAUACAUUUGAUUGAAUUUGGAAAUCUUCCAGUUAAAUUCUAUGAUCCAGCCAAUAGCAACCCUUCAAAACUAAUGAAAAAGGAGUCCUUUUUGAUACCUUGGAAAACAAUGGAAGAUGUUAAAGCUAAUCCUGAUACUCUGUUAGCUUUGUUUGAAGAUGCCAUCCAAUCAUGUACUAGUGAGGAUGCUUCCACUGAGAAAAGAAUUGUUUGCCUUCCCUUGUACAGAAACAUGAUUGUUUUGCAGCAGCUGUUAGAAAGGUGGGAAGCUGCUAUUGAACUGAGUAAAUCACUUCUGAAAUUAAAUCCUUUUGACUGUCAUCUUUUGAAGACUCUAGUUGAUUUGUAUUUGAGAACAGGAGAGAUUGAAAGAGCUUGUGAUGUGUGGCUCUCAGCGUUUGAGAAGAAUCCUCAGAAUGCCCAGGUUUUUUACUUUAUGUGCAAUUUUUUCAUGAUGCAGAAUAGAUCAGAUAGUAUUCCUGCACUGUUGCAAGCCUUUGUUGCUGCAUUUUUUGAGUAUGUUCCUCAAGAAAAUCAUCCUGUAGAAUUAUUACGGUAUUUUUUGAAUUUUCCAAUGCCGAUUGAAUUUACACCACCCUUGUAUAAGGGAAAUUUUAAGGAAGAUGUUUUAAACCAGCAGAUUCCUUACCUGUGGCAGAUAUACUGUUUAUACCAAUCACUUCAUGGAAGUUCUAUAGAAGCAACAGAUGCAUUUGAAGCAGCACUGGGAGCAGUCAUGCAAGAGGAAAUAGUUCAGCAGAUUUGGAUGGAUUACCUUGUUUUCAUGAAUGACAAAAUUGUCAAAUCCAACAAUCAAGUUCAAGAAUUCAAGCUUUUUACUGAUCUUGUGAACAGAUGUCUUGUUACAGUCCCAACACGUUACCCUAUUCCAUUUAGCACUGCUGAUUACUGGACCAACUAUGAAUUUCAUAACAAGGUAAUUUCCUUCUAUCUGAGUUGUAUUCCAAAGACUCAGCAUUCCAAAGCUUUGGAACGGUUUUGUUCUACCAUGCCUUCGAAUCCUGGACUUGCAUUCAAGUUGCUUCAGCAGUAUUGGGAAGAAAACAAUAUUCAAAUUUUGAAACUGCAAGCCAAGAUGUUUACAUAUAAUAUGCCAACAUGCCUGGCCAUCUGGAAAAUAGCCAUUGCUGCUGAAUGCUUUUUAAAGGGACAAAGAGAGGUCCAUCACUUAUAUCAGAGAGCCUUUCAGAAGUUACCUCUUUGUGCAACCCUGUGGAAAGAUCAGUUCCUAUUUGAAGCAUCAGAAGGAGGUAAAACUGAUAACCUGAGAAAACUAGUUUCCAAGUGCCAAGAGGUUGGAAUCAGCCUAGAUGAGCUUUUAAAUUUAAACACUUACAGAACAGAAAGCACGAAUCACUGAACGCUGGGUGCAGUCAGUACUAAGUCCUCUCAAAUGCCAAAAUCAUUUUGAAUGAUUCUCCAGGCUGAUCUCUGGCUUUAGGCUUGUGUAAAGCAGAUGAGCCGUGCUGAGCAGCUCAAGUCUCUUGGCUUGCUUUCCUUGAACCUGGAAACAAUUAACAUGGCGCCUCCUUGGAUAAAUGAUGCCCUCUAUGGCCUGCUUCUGGGCCCUGCCAGACUCUCAUAACAUCAUGUACGUAAGUAUAGCUCAUCCCAAUGACAGACAUAAAAUGUAUUAAUUUUUUUAAAACCUCCUUUUCAUUUUCUUUUGUGCUAUUUACUGAUUUCACUUGACACUCACACUGAUGCCUGAGAGAGCUAUGUUUGGAGUUAAUAACGAGGGCCCUGUUUACAUGAAAAACAACCAGUCUGUUUUAUUUUGCUUUUUAUUUCCCUGUCCUUGUUUCCCAGUCUCCUUUUUUGUUUCCAAGAUUUGUUUUGAUUGCAGGAUUUAAACAAAAACAACCGUUCUUAAACAAAGUACCUGCCAUGGCCACAAGUAUGAUUUUUGUACUUGGAGGCUAUAAGGGUAGCUUAAUCCCUUUCUGCAUUUUGGACUUGUGGCAGAGACUAAAACCUGAGGAGUACAGUUUCUAUUACAAAUGCCAGUGCAUCAGAACCUCAAGAGUGAUCAAUUCUAUUAUGUGCAAUUUUUGUAAAGAAAUUUUAAUUUAUAAUAAAAGUUUAACAGUUAAUAAUAUUGAACUGAUUUGUAUUAAGAUACUACACUGUAGUAUUACUGUUUAUACAAAGAUAUUUUGAAUAUACGUUUUCAAAAAUC